AUGUCAAAGUACACAGACUAUUUGAGAAAAAUUUACUAUACCCCCGGAACUCCAGGCGCAUUUGGAGGUCCAGAAAAACUUUAUCAAGCCGUAAAACAAGAUGGAAAGUAUAAAAUAGGAAGAAUAAGAAUUAGACAAUUUCUGAACAACGAAGAUCCUUACAGUUUAAUGAAACCUAUUCGUCGUUCAUUUCCCCGCUCGAAGGUCGUAGUGAACACCAUUGAUUCGAUGUGGGAUGGUGAUUUAGCCGAUGUCAGCAAUAUUUCUUCUCAGAAUGAUGGUAACAAAUUUUUGUUGGUGUUGAUAGAUAUAUUCAGUCGCUUUCUGUUCAUAGUACCAUUGAAAAAUAAGCAGCACAGAAAUAUUGUCGAUGGGCUAAAAUCUGCUUUCCAAACAGGACGAAAGCCGCAUACUCUUAGAACCGAUAAAGGAAGUGAAUUUAAAAAUCGUUGGGUAAAGUCAUUUUUGAAACAAGAAGGUGUUCACACAAUAUACACUCAGAACGAAACCAAAGCAAAUUAUGCUGAAAGAGUAAUCCGUACCAUGAAAAACCUAAUGUAUCGUUACUUUAUAAAGAACAGAACUUAUCGUUAUAUCGAUGUUUUGCAAGAUUUAGUCAAUAGUUAUAAUCAAAGACCCCACAGAUCUCUUGGUGAGCAUGCACCUGCGACUGUCAACAAGGAAAAUGCAGAUGAGAUAAGACUUCUUACCUAUUUGAGCACAAAGAAAAAGAAUACAACCAAGUUAGAAAAACCAAAGAAAUCGAUGAGUACAAAAAGGAAUAAAAGAGUUUUUAAGUACAAAAUAGGAGACGACGUACGUAUUUCACAACUGAAACAUUCUUUCCAAAGAGAUUACCAGCAGAAAUGGACUGAAGAGUUUUUCAAAGUGUCUAAUCGAUACAAGAGAGAUGGUAUACCUGUGUACAAAAUAAAAGAUUUGGCCGAGGAUCCAAUUGAGGGUACUUUUUAUGAAUCGGAACUUCAAAAAGUCGUGAAGUCGGGAGAUAUUCUAUACAGAGUCGAAAAGGUGCUGAGAAAGAGAAAACGCGGUAAAACAAAGGAGGUGUACGUAAAAUGGGAAGGAUGGCCUAAUAAAUUCAAUUCUUGGAUUCUCGAAAGUUCUCUGGAAAAAACCAAAUAA